AAGGCUGUUCACCACCGAGCAUCAUUCGCCGCCAGUAUUGAUGUUUGCCAGGCUGCCAGACAUGAAAAUCUCCUGACCUAGUCCCAGGCAAGAGUUCUGUAGGCGGCGUGGGGUCCUAAUCAGUACAUGGCUGGCCGUUGAGCGGGAGGACUAUAGUACGCACGAGCCAAUGAUCUUGAUGCUGCCACUAUCCGCGCUCCCUGGUACCAAAUACAUAAAAUACUGUACAAACACGCAGGAGCCACAUGGAAAUUUCACGAGGCGAAAACUUCGACCAGACCUUCUCAACAAUCAUUCGUGCAUCAAAUAAUCAUUUUCUGUGAUAUUGCGUUUCUUGUACUUCGGGACCGGUACAAUCGGUCUUGCAUAUGAUGGCCUGCAACUGCCGCACCUCGUCUCUGCGCGUCUUUGUACAGAGCCUCACACGGGUCCAGCUCUCUGCUGCAAGUUCUAGAUCUGCAAGCCUCCUCGACUCACGAGUACCGGGCGCAUACUCAUCGAAUGGCGCAUUGAGAUCGUUUACUGCUGUCUCAGCAGCUCGCUACCCCAGACAGUCGUUGCGAGCGUCUGCCCUCACAAUCGACACGGAAACUACCCACAACGAACCAUCACACGACACAUUGGCUACAUCAAGCCCCGACGAUACUACUUCUUCAUAUCAACCGGCAAACGUUUCAAGCGCCGAGGUGGAUCAGGCACGGAGGAAUCAUGCCAUAAUGGAUCUGUCGGCAGAUGCCAUCGAUGCGCUCGCAGCGGAUCUUGAGCGAACAGUGGAGGGACUUGGUGUUGCGAAUGACGACCUGGAGCAUGAGACCGACGUACGACGGCGACAAAAGCCCGAGUUCUCGGGCCCUAGCAGGCUGAAGAGAAGCAAGAUCAUGCCUACAGACAGGACACUACAGACGCAGGCACAGGCUAAUCCCAUCCCACGAAAGAGAGAGACAUGGCAGAUACAAAAGGAGGCGCUGAAAGAAAAGUUCCCAGAAGGGUGGAACCCACGCAAGAAGUUGUCCCCGGACGCUCUCGACGGUAUCAGAGCUCUGCAUACUCAGUAUCCGCAAAUAUACACAACAGACGCACUUGCCAACCAUUUUCAGGUUUCUGUGGAAGCGAUUCGGCGCAUUCUCAAGUCCAAAUGGAGGCCAAACGUGGAAGAAGAUGAGGACCGGCAGCAGCGCUGGUUCAACAGAGGCAAGAAUAUUUGGUCGCAGAUGGCUGAGCUUGGCACGAAACCGCCCAAGAAGUGGCGUGCGGCAGGUGUAUCGCGGGAUGCUCGAUUCAAUAAGCCGAAAGGGCACAGGACGGAGUAUCCCUAUGUUCCUAAGUGGAAAGAAAAGGAGAGCGCGCAGAAGAAGCUGGGCGACAGUCUGUUGUAGGCAUAGACCUAGGCAAUCAUAUGCCUGGUUUCUCCUGUUCGUGUAUGAACAAAACAUAAAUGUACAACAACUUCCAAGAUCCCAUACUCUACUAUAUAAUUCUUCAAGACACCAAGCUUAAAAAGUAUUGCACAAGCGUUUCGAACUGCACCAUUCGACCAUCUGACCAUGUAGAUUGUCCAGUGCUUGGUUGUGGGUGAUGGACAGGAUUAAGUGUGUUGAACCAUUAUUCUCAACUGGGUAG